AUGAUUUUUGAGAUUUCAAAUUACUGUAAAGAAAUCAAUAAUUGCUUCAUAGACUCUAAAAUAAGCUAAGGCUAGAAUGAAAAAUAUUUGUUAGGAAGAAUUUAAUCUUUGCAAGAUAGCUUGAAAGAAUUUGAUUUUUGGUUUAAAACUUAAUUCAAUAAUGAGGAACUUCUAGUCAAUUAUAUUUACACUGAAUUACUAGAAGUUAGAAAAAUAAAUAAAGUUGUGUAAUUCAAAAAGAUUGAUGAAAAAUCAUCAGAAAUAAAAGGCUUAAGUAUGGAUUCAUAAAAGAGUGCAGAGACAUAAUCCAGCAUUUGUAGUGCAAUAUCUUAUUAUAAACAGUGCACUAAAAAAUUAUAGAAAAAAGGAUCAUUAUUGAUGGAACUUCUCAAUAAUAAUAAAGAAGAACAAAUAGAUCAAUCCAAUAUCUAAACUCCUCCAAAGCCUUAUUCACUUGAGAAAAUCUAAUAUGUGAUUAAUUUUGAGAUUAAUUGUUUGAAACAAUAUGAAAUUAGUGGUGAGGAAGAAAAUUAAUUGCAAGUUAUCCAAGAUAAAGAAGUGUUAAGAUGGAUUCUUGAUACGAUCUAAACCAAGAAUCAUUACAAACAAAUUCUUUAGUGUUUAAUUAACUCUGCAUAGGAAUUAGCUAAUUAUUAGAUAGAAGACUUUACUUAAGCCAUUGAGAAAAUGAACAGUCAAAGCUCCUUUUAGACUAAUGAUGAAAAUCUUAAGUCUAUGAGCAAUUAAUCAUUCUAAAUUAAUUAAGAUGCUUUCAAAUUAUUGAUAGAGAAUAAAAUAAAAUAAAGUAUGGCUGAACAGAAUGAAAAAAAGAAAAAUAAAACUAAAUCAAAAAAGUCUAUUGCAUCAAAUAAAUAUGAUAAUUCUGAUACGAAAGUCUGCAUGUGUUCAAUAUUUUGA